GGACGGACACGUUGACCGGAAGUGCUGCCAUCGUUUUUCCGCUUUGCUCACAAUUGAAUAUAGUCAGAGCGCCUUUCCACGAUUUUUUCAUCAUGUCUGCUAAACUAAACGCUUUAAAUAGUGAUUCUUACAUCGACAUUAGUCAAUAUAGAGACCAGCAUUUUAAGGGUAAUCGCUAUGAACAGGAGAAGCUGCUGAAACAGAGCAACACUUUGUAUGUGGGGAACCUCUCCUUCUACACCACUGAGGAGCAGGUGCACGAGCUAUUUUCUAAAAGUGGAGAUGUGAAGCGCAUCAUCAUCGGCCUGGAUAAAGUCAAGAAGACUGCCUGCGGAUUCUGCUUCGUAGAAUACUACACACGUGGAGAUGCAGAACACGCCAUGCGCUUCAUUAAUGGCACGCGGCUGGACGACCGUAUCAUCAGAACAGACUGGGACGCCGGCUUCAAAGAGGGACGACAGUACGGCCGCGGCAAAUCUGGAGGACAGGUGAGAGAUGAGUACAGGCAGGACUAUGAUCCUGCCAGAGGCGGCUAUGGUAAGCUGGCUCAGCAUCGACCAACAGAGGCCCGCAAUAGUUUUUAGACUGACCCACACCUGGACCCUGCCAGGAUCAAUCCUCCAGUGACGUCACAGCUACCAGACAUUGUCCGACUUUGACCACAAAACUCAGGCCCCCACGGAUUAAUGGACUCCAGGAACAAUCGGCUGUUAUUUAUUUUUGGGAAGGUCUGACUCUGGUAUUGCCAUAUCUACUAGCAGUCUACGGGGCAACAGAAGCCAAAUCCCCAAAGCAAUUGUGUGUUAGAAAUACCAUCAGUUGUCAUUCAGGUUGGAAAUGCUCUGUAAAAAUGUAGAGGUAAAAUGAAUUUUUCAUGUCAAGUUCAAAUUCUUCUGAGGUAAUGGCAAAGAAAACUCAGUUACCUCCGUGCUUUCUAUGAAACGUUGUGUCCCACAUUGUGCAUACCUUUUUUUAAAUAAAGUGUUUUUCGAAACAUGAAA